UAAUAUCAUCUUAUCAUUUUUUUGGAGUUUUUAACUUACUAACCUCUAUAGGCAGGAGUUUUAUGUGCAAUUCCGCGGUCCAGAAGAAAGUACGUAUAUGCUCCAUAGCUGUGCUGACGGCAGCUCCCUUUACAGGCGGUAUUUGGAAGGUUCAUGUCGAGCUCCCCGAUCAAUACCCAUACAAAUCGCCGUCGAUUGGCUUUAUGAACCGAAUUUUUCACCCAAAUAUUGAUGAACUACGUGGUCCCCAAUGUUUGGUAUAUACAGAGACACAGAAGCACACUACUGAUGCUGCAGACAUGAUCAACAUCUUUGAGGUGUUUCUGCCACAGUUGCUGCGGUAUCCAAACCCGUGUGAUCCUCUCAAUGGAGAAGCAGCUGCAUUGCUCAUGCGGGAGCCAAAAACAUAUGAAAUGAAGGUCCGGGACUAUGUAACACGAUAUGCAACCAAGGAAAUUGCAGAAGGAGUGCCAGAAGACACAGACAACGAUGAAAUGAGCAGUGUUGGAACAUUAAGCUCAGAUGAGCCAGUAGAGCCUGCUGGAGCAUUGGAGGUGUAG